AUGAACGGGUCGGCGCUGUCGGUGGACACUCCGACGGGCGUGGUGCCGAUGUCGCUCGAGGCGUCGGCGUCGGGCACAGGAGUCGUCGACGAGGUGGCCAACAUCGACGCGACGGUGUUGUCGGACCCCAACUACUGCGCCGAGUACGCCGAGGAUGUGUACGCCGCGCUGCGGGAGAACGAGACGCGGACGGCGCCGCUGCCCAACUACAUGGCGGCGCAGCGCGACAUUACGCCGGCGAUGCGGGCUAUCCUCAUGGACUGGCUCGUCGAGGUCGCCGAGGAGUACCGGCUCAAGUCCGAAACCCUCUUCCUCACCAUCAACUACAUCGACCGCUUCCUCUCCAAGCGCAACGUCAAGCGGUGCAAGCUGCAGCUUGUCGGCGUCGCCGCCAUGCUCGUUGCCUCCAAGUUUGAAGAGAUCUACCCGCCGCUGGUCAAGGACUUUGUCUUCAUCACCGACAACACCUACUCGCGGGCCCAAGUCAUCCAAAUGGAGACCAUCAUCCUGCAGACGCUCAAGUUUGAGCUUGUAGUCUCGACGCCGCUGCCAUUCCUUGUCCGCUACGCGCGCGCCGUCGACGACCUGCCCGACGAGAUCCUCUCGCUUGCCCGCUACUACUGCGAGUGCACCAUCCACUCGUACGACUUUCUCAAGUACCCGCCCUCGCUCACUGCUGCCGCCUCGCUCUGCCUCGCCCUCUCCACCCGCGGCUGGAACUACUGGUCGCCGUCGCUCUCCUACUACUCGGGCUUCACCUCCGAUGACCUCCAGGCUUGUAUUCUGGACCUCACCGGAGUGCUUGCCAACGAGCCGUCGGCCCAGCUUCAGGGCGUGUGGGAAAAGUAUUCACACUCCAAGUGGCACCGCGUCUCGCGCAGCCGCAUCUGGACCACUGGCGACUUUGUACCCUUUGCUACAGACACCAAUCCGAGCUCCCGUUCGGCGUCCCGCCCGACUCAGUCCGGCCACCGCCACACAGCCUCGCUGCCGCCGGCCAUCUUCCGCUGAAACACUCUAAACUGAC